AUGCAUGCAGUUGGUUACAGGUCACCGCUGUGCGAGGUGCACCGGGCCCCGGCAAUGCUGGUGGAAUGGCGCAGCCCCAGCCAGCAUCUCGUAAGAGAUGCAAGAUGGUUACCCCCAAGACGACUUCUUAGUUCUGAGGGACAGGGACAAGAGGAGGGAAGGUGCCAAAAAUAAGAGAAGAAAGACAAAACGAGCGUCCUGUCCACCUGCCUCGCUCCCUUCAAGUACCUGAGUCCCGGCCCCACACACACAGAGGAUGAAGACAACCUCAGUACGAGCAGCACAGAAGUGAAGGAGAAUCGCAAUGUCAGCAACCUGGGGACCAGGCCCCCACUGCCUGGGGACUGGACCAGGGGCAGCACAGCCAGUGUGAAGAGGAAAAGGCCCCUGGAGGAAGGGAAUGGGGGCCACUUCUGCAAACUCCAGCUCAUCUGGAAGAAGCUCUCAUGGUCGAUGGCACCCAAGAAUGCGCUGGUCCAGCUGCACGAGCUGCGGCCAGGCCUGCAGUACCGCAUGGUGUCACAGACAGGCCCAGUGCAUGCCCCGGUCUUUGCCGUGGCAGUGGAGGUAAACGGGCUCACGUUUGAGGGCACGGGGCCCACCAAGAAGAAAGCCAAGAUGCGGGCAGCGGAGCUGGCACUCAAGUCCUUUGUGCAGUUCCCCAAUGCAUGCCAGGCCCACCUGGCACUGGGCGGCGGCACCAGCCCCUGUACGGACUUCACCUCUGACCAGGCUGACUUCCCCGACACGCUGUUCAAAGAAUUCGAGCCUCCCACGCCAAGCCAGGGCUUCCCGGGCUGCCGCCCCGUCGACACCGGGCUGCGGUCCACGGCCUGCCGGCGGGGAUGGCUGCCCUGCCACACGCUGGACCCGGUGGUGGUGCUGAAUGAGAUGCGCGCCGGCCUGCGCUAUGUGUGCCUCUCAGAGGCGGCCGAGAAGCCCCGAGCCAAGAGCUUCGUCAUGGCUGUGUGCGUGGAUGGGAGGACGUUUGAGGGCUCGGGGCGCAGCAAGAAGCUGGCCAAGGGCCGGGCAGCACAGGCCGCCCUGCAGGCCCUCUUCGACAUCCGGCUGCCCGGCCACACACCCAGCAGGAGUAAGACGCACCUCUUGCCACAGGAAUUCGCCGACUCCAUGUCCCACCUGGUCACGCAGAAGUUCCGCGAGCUGACAAUCGGCCUGACGUCCAUGCACGCCCGCCACAAAGCACUGGCGGGGAUCGUCAUGACCAAAGGCCUGGACACCAGGCAAGCACAGGUCAUUGCCCUGUCCUCGGGGACCAAGUGCAUCAGCGGCGAGCACAUCAGUGACCAGGGGCUGGUGGUCAAUGACUGCCAUGCCGAGGUGGCAGUGCGGAGGGCGUUUCUUCACUUCCUCUAUGCCCAGCUGGAGCUGCACCUGAGCAAGCGGCGGGAGGAUGUGGAGCGGUCGAUAUUCGUGCGGCUGAAGGAGGGAGGCUACAGGCUGCGGGAAAACCUUCUUUUUCACCUCUACGUGAGCACCUCGCCCUGCGGAGACGCCAGACUCAACUCGCCCUAUGAGAUCACCACACACCUCAACAGCAGCAGACCCAUCGUCAGGAAGUUCCGCGGGCACCUGCGCACCAAGAUUGAGUCUGGGGAAGGGACGGUCCCUGUGCGGAGCCCCAGCGCAGUCCAGACCUGGGACGGCGUCCUGCUGGGGGAGCAGCUGGUCACCAUGUCCUGCACGGACAAGAUCGCCAGAUGGAACGUGCUGGGGCUGCAGGGCGCCCUCCUCUGCCAUUUCAUCGAGCCCGUGUACCUCCACAGCAUCGUGGUGGGCAGCCUACACCACACCGGCCACCUCUCCCGGGUCAUGAGCCACAGGAUGGAGGACAUCGGCCAGCUGCCAGCCGCAUACCGGCACAACCGGCCUCUGCUCAGUGGCCCCAACAGUGCCAGCUUGGGGCAGAUUGUACCCAUUUUGGCCAAUGGCUAU